CAGAUGACUUCGCAUCCAAAUUAACCAUUUCAAGCCAUAACCGCGUUUUGCAUGAUAACAGAUCAUCUUUGUGAUAUGCGUUUAAACCCAGGCGCGUUUUGAGAAGUAUUGCAGAAAGCGCCUCGAGGUAAUGCUGUUGUCUAAUCGUGCUGCCAUGGACAGAGCUAUGCUGCACCCACUCUGAGCUGAAGUCUGCAGACAGACCCAUUGGUCAGCUGGUCGGUCAGUCGCACCUGUCCAACGCACACACCUGCUGAUGUGUCCAGGACGAUGAGACACCCAGGCUGGCCGGCAGUAGCCAAGCACACCCACCUCCUCCACCAGCAGCAGCAGCAGCAGCCGUGCCGGCCUGCACGGGCGGCGCACCGCAGCCUGGGGCUCGCCUAGCCCGCCCCACCCCGUCCCAUGCCUGUGAUCCCCAUCCCCCGGCGGGUUCGCUCCUUCCACGGCCCCCACACCACCUGCAUGCACUCGGCCUGCGGGCCCGCGCACACGGCCCAGCUGGUGCGCUCCAAGUACAACAGCUUCGACCUCUACCUCAAGUCGCGCUGGAUGUACGGCUUCGUCCGCUUCCUGCUCUACUUCGGCUGCAGCCUGUUCACCUCGCUCCUGUGGGUGGCGCUGUCCGCCGUCUUCUGCCUGCAGUACGUGGGCGUGCGCGUCUUCCUGCGCCUGCAGUACAAGCUGUCCAUCAUCCUGCUGCUGCUGGGCCACCAGCGCCUGGACUUCAGCCUGCUCAACGACCUGUUCAUCUACAGCAUGCACGUCACCAUGUUCCUGGUGGGGGGCCUGGGCUGGUGCUUCAUGGUCUUCGUGGACAUGUAGGUGCCUCCUGUUAUGCAAGUUAGUGUUCGUGGCAGUGCACUGCCAGUCUGCUAUCUGGGGACUUUUGCUGCUUGCGGCGGCGGUGGUGUAAUGGUUAGGGUGUUGGUUUAGGGACUGCAGAUCACAGCGUUGCAGUUUCGCUCCCCACCCUUACCAAUUCCUUUCCUUCCUCAGUGGCUGAAGUUCCCUUGAGCAAGGCACCUAACCCCGCAUUCUUUCAGUCGGUCAUAGAUGGGGGACUCCUAGCGCAUAUGGUAGCAGCUCACGGUUGUUGGCUGGGAAGGGGAGCCAACUAGCCAACCACUCCUAUGCCAUGAACUAACUCCAGCAUUACAAACAAUCAGUACAUCAGUGGAGUCAGUGACGUCUCCCCUAUGGAGAAACUAUGGAGGAAUCGUGCUCAUAUUAAUGAAACGGACGUCCAUCAUGGACAAUGCAGCUCUGCCUGCCCAGGCGACAGGAUCACACGGAGAAAUGAAGGGACUCACUGAACUGCUCUGAAAGAGACUCUCAAAACUUGGCGACGAGCGGGCAUCACGCUGUGAAUAAUAAGGAAGUGGUGGGACCUUGCACGCAGGCGUGAAGGGAAUAUCAGAUUGGGGGCCCCAUUGUGUGGUUGAAGGGGGCAUAAUCAAACAAGCAGAGGCCUUGGAAGAAUUUCAACAGGAAAACCACCCAAGAAAACUCUCAUGGCCACAUCUGUCCGCACCCCGCAGUGCAGUUUGUUUUCAUGCGAUAUUUCAACCAUUCGCUUGUACAUGUACAUGAUUGAUCAUUUUACAGCACAAUACCAUUGAUUUGUCUGUGUAACAGUACAGAAGUAGCAAGGUAGUAAUUCUAAGACACAAAAAUAUGGUUCUGACUGGAGAGAGAGUCGAUAUUCCAUCUGUCUCAAACGGAGUUCCUUAUGUGCUAUGCUGGUCCAUAUGGUAUCAGAGCCAAAUGUGGACACCAGAGGAGAAAGGAUACACUGGAAGUCUUUCGUAAUAUAUGCUCAGACAAAACGCAUAACUGAAGGGAGCUGCAUUUUUGUGAAAUGCACAGAAGAAGAAAAAAAACACCACAGGCAGCUUUUGUUAGAGUGUUAUCAUUAGAGCCCUGGCUGUUAGUACCUUUGUGGAUCUGAAGGUGGAAAGUUUUUUCUUUUAUGUGGGGGGAAAAAAGGGAAAGAUGGAAAGAAUUCCUCCGGGACUGCAGAAAAGCUACAUUAACACAUACACUACAGCUGGGAAUGUCACAGGCAAGAGGGUUGUUUUUCUUUCCGUGGAAGAGGGAGGUUCAUACUUAUUCAUGGAAUGUUCAACACUUCAACCACACCGCCGAGAAGCAUUCAAUGCAAACGAAUUAUAAGAAGAAAAAAAUCAGUUCAACAUUGUUUUGUUUAACAAGCAACAGACGUGUGUGUUUGUGUCUUUCAGAAUAACAAUGAUCAGCCAUAUGUUCAGAAAAUAUUUUUGUCCAAAAAAAAUGAGAAAAGAAAAUGGGCCUUCAAUAAUCCUUUCAGUGCCAUGUCUGUCCCCUUAGACUUAACAUACUUGCAUAUAAUACCCACUAGGGCUUGAUGUGAAGACGUUCAUUGUCUGCUGUCUAAUAUGUGAAGCAAAUGCAAGCUGUGCCAGGCAGAACGAAGAAGAAGGAAACUUUCCACAACCGAGAUUAGACAUACUGAUUCAUUGGUCUUAGAUGAUUCCUUUGUAUUGCCAACCACAUUACAUUACACUUAGCUGGUGCUUUUAUCCAAAGCGACUCACAGUUAUUACAUAGACAACCUACAGUACAUGAGAGGGCAACUGAUGACGGGUCACAUACUAAAGCCUCUAACUGUGCCCUUUUAGUGAAGCCUUUUACUUGAUGUCCAAAUUUGUCUUAACUGUUCAAUUGCCACCAAUAUGUCACCUUUUUAUACCAAAAGAUUCGAACAAUUUAAGUUGACCAAUGUGAUUGUGAAAUCUUUUCCUUUUUUUAAGUUUUGACUUUUUUUUCUUUUAAAUGUAAUUCGUUGGAUCCCAGUUUUUUUUAAGUCUGGCUCAAGUGUCUGUGAACGCUUCCAUGGCCAGCUUAUGUACGGUAUAUGCACAACCUGAAGUGUACUGCAAUUGUUCGAAACUAAACUUGUACAGCUGUG